UCUCUCUUUUUGUUUCCCUUUAACCCAGGGGCUCACUGUUCACAGAUCAAACCAAUCAUGUACUUUAUCUCCAUGUAUCCUCUGGUCUUUUUCUUUCUCUUCUCCAUAUUCCACCAUCUUCCUUGUGCUUCAAGUAAACUUGAAUUAUGUGAGACUUUGUUCGAAUGUGGUAACAUCACCGCCGGUUUCCCAUUCUGGGGAGGGACACGUCACAGAAAUUGCGGCCAUCCGUUGCUGGAGCUUCUCUGCAAUAAAAACAGCAGUACCUCUAUUAUCAUCUCAGACCAAGAGUACUCAGUUUUCCAUCUAAAUCAAACAUCCAACACUAUUAAACUUACCAGACCAGACUUUCUAGGCUCUUUUUGCUCCUCUGCGUUCACCAACACAACCUUGCCUCCCCAAAUUUUUGAGCUUUUGCCAACCUACAAGAAUAUCACUGUAUUCUACCAUUGUGACCCUUUUCUUCCUUACCUUUCAAGUCAUACAUGUCCCAAGAUAGGUCUUAUCUCAUUGUCUGAAAAUCAUAACGGUACAUGCCGUAAUGGUUUCACGGUGAACGUUCCGAAGAGUUUUAUUGCAACAGAGAAAAAGUUGAAUAUGACCAAUUUAGAAAGUGUUUUAAGCAAAGGGUUUGAGGUGAAGUUGAAGAUUGAUAGAAAAGCAUGUCAACAAUGUUUAUCCACUCAUGGAAGCUGUGGAUUUAACCAAACGUUGCCAUUACGAAAUAAAUGCAAUCCACUCCAUCCGCAAACUAAGUCAGUGGGUGCUUGUGGAAAUAAUCAGACCUUGAGUAGAUUUGUCUGUUAUCAUAACCAUACCUCUGGUUAUGGACCAAGGAUGUCUGAUGGCUUGUCCUCUGGAUCGGUAGUAGAUUCUGGAGACCAUGUCGUGACGUCUACUGCAGUGGCAAUAGGUUGCGCAGCAGGUGUUAUAUUUCUGGCGGCAUUCAUAACGGUGUGUCUCCAUUGCCAACAAAUAUCACAUGAUCCGGCUCAACAAAACCUCAAGACUGUUCCACAACCAAAUAUCGAACCAUAUAAUCCACUGAAGAAGUAUAGUUAUGCACAAGUGACACGAAUCACAAAGUCAUUUGCAGAAGUGGUUGGGAAGGGCGGAUUUGGCACUGUUUAUAGAGGAACUCUUUGUGAUGGCCGUAUCGUUGCAGUGAAGGUAUUGAAAGACUCAAAAGGCAAUGGUGAAGACUUCCUCACUGAAGUUGCAACCAUUAGCCAAACUUCUCAUGUUAACAUUGUUACACUGCUAGGAUUUUGCUCUGAAGGUUCCAAGAGAGCAAUUAUUUAUGAAUUUUUGGGAAAUGGGUCUCUUGAUAAGUUUAUCUCAAGCAAGACCACCGUGGAUAUGGAUUGGCCCACACUUUAUGGGAUCGCUCUAGGCGUUGCCCGUGGUCUGGAGUACUUGCACCAUGGUUGCAGAACAAGGAUUGUACAUUUCGACAUUAAACCACAAAAUAUACUCUUAGAUGAUAAUCUUUGUCCCAAAGUUGCAGACUUUGGUCUUGCUAAGCUAUGCGAGAGGAAAGAAAGCAUCUUGUCACUACUAGACACAAGAGGAACGAUAGGAUACAUUGCACCUGAAUUGUUUUCAAGAAUGUAUGGUAGAGUCUCACACAAGUCAGAUGUGUAUAGCUACGGAAUGUUGGUACUUGAGAUGAUAGGAGCAAGGAACAAAGAAAGAGCUGCUCAAAAUUCUGCAUCUGAUGCGAGCUCAAUAUAUUUUCCUGAAUGGAUAUAUAAGGAUAUUGAGAAGGGAGACACUGGAAGGCUUAACAUGGAUGGAAUCGUCUGCAAAGAAGAGGAGAUGGUUAGAAAAAUGACACUGGUGGGUUUGUGGUGUAUUCAGUCGUCCCCAAUAGAUCGUCCACCGAUGAACAGAGUUGUGGAAAUGAUGGAAGGAAGUGUGGAUGCUCUUAAAGUGCCUCCCAGGCCUGGUUUGCAAGUUCAAGUAGCGCCUCUUCAAGAAUCUUCUACCCUCUCAGAGAACAUUUCGGUUUAUACAGAGUAUGAUCCAUGAAUGUCUCAUAUAAAAGAAGAAACCUCUUUGAAACCAUAUAUAUUCAUGAAUUAUAUUUAUAUGCCUUCUGUCUUUUUUACUUUCCUUGUGACUGUAUUUAGAAAUCCCUUGAAAUUAAACGUAUUUCACACAUCAGCAAAAUACUGAUCUGCUUGUUUGUUGGCAAGUGAUACAAGAAGUUUUUUCAGAUGUGUGCUAUGUUUUGGUUUUUCUUAGAAUCAUAAAAAAUGAACAAAUAAAUAAUAAUUUAAACCCCUGAAUUUAGUCUGAGUCAUUACUAAACUUUAAUGCUUGUUGUUCAAAAAUCCGUAUUUCCUACUACACACUUAAUUAGUUUAUUUUGAACGUGCACGUUUCAACCAAAUUCUUUGACAUAUCAUUUUAUUGGAUUUUCCAAAGACCAAGGGUGUGCGUGCUUGUAGGGGAUUCGUGAGUAGUAACAAGAAAAGUACAAAUUAUGUUCUUACAGAAAAGGUAGUUGAGUCAUAAAUACUUACAAGAAACAUUAUUGAGAUCUCUCAAGGAGAAAUCAAUGGUGAACCAACCCUGAGUAGUGACUCCAUUAACCGGGUAAGAUUUUUGGCGAUUUGGGUAAAUAUCUCCAAUAUUUGAAGCAUUGUUCAACUUUAAAUCAGGGAAGGAAACCCCAUGUCCAUCUUUGGUUAGCUGAACAUCACAGCAUAGAACAGCACCGGCUACACUUGUCUGCAUUGCGAAGUUGUAAGCAUCAAUACUUGAAUCUGGAAACAAUCCAGAAAACCCACCACGAGCAAUCACAAGUGGAGCAUCACCUG